AUGAUGAGCAGCAAGAGACUCCAGAAGGUCGGUCACUUUGUUUCGCCGACUUAUGAUGGUAUUUUGACCGGAAUGCAGGAGCUCCUCAAAAUCCAAGGACAACUGGCUCCCGGCAUCACGCUGGUAUCAGCAGACAACCUCAAGACAUGGCUGAUGGAUAUGCAAAUCAUGGACGCAAACCCACUCUACCAAGGUCAAACCUACCGCCUCAAAUUUGAGUUCAGCUCAAACUAUCCGAUAGGUAUCCAUCUUCUGUCCAGAACGUCUGCCUACCAACUGACCAUUCCCUUCNNAGAGCCACCAGAGGUUGUCUUCAUCCGCCAUCCGGAUCGCCCCAUUCCCAUGCAUCCUCACAUCUACACCAACGGUAUCAUCUGUCUGGAUCUACUCGCUUCUCAAGGAUGGUCGCCGGUGCAGAAUGUCGAGAGUGUCUGUCUGAGCAUUCAAAGCAUGCUGACCGGCAACUCCAAGAAUGAGCGUCCUCCUGGUGAUGCCGACUUUGUCAGGAACAACCGUCUCCGCCCUCGCGACGUCGCUUUCCACUUCCACGACAAUGAGGUUUGA